CUGGCCUUGCUUGCUUCCGUUGCGAAUUCAUCAUCACGUUGUUGACCUUCGCACAACCUGGCCAAUCGCUCUUUAUCGAAACCGCGGCAUCUCGCAUCUACCCCGGCCCUUAGACAGGGCGCGCUUUCUUCGCUGUCUUUAGGAAGGGGACUUUCUGAUUGACCAAAGAAGAAAUGGCGACGACGGAGACGGAGGUGUCUGCGCGCCACCAUUCGGACGACCCAUCACCAUCCCCCAUUGAUCGCCGCAGGUCUCCGAGCCCUCGUCGUGAGCGGUCUCUAUCUCGGGAUUCCCGAGAUUCCAGAGAGCCGCGCGAUAUCUCCCCGCACCCUCGAGAUGCGUCCCGCGACCCCUCGCGCGACAGGUCUCCUACGAGAUCCCCCAUUCCUCCUCCUCGACGACGCUCGUCGCCCCCCCGCGAUCGUUCUCCUUCCCACUCCGGCGAUCGAUCGCCCGUCAGGUCUCCUCCGAGAAGACGCUCACCACCUCCCGCGCGCCGCGAUGCCGACAGGUACCGACCCGCUAAGAAGGAGCGUACACCACCACCAGUAGCUCCGGUGAAAACGGAGGAGGAGAAGCUGGCCGACGCUCGGGCCGAGUACCAGAAGCUGCUGAACCUACGCAGUCAAGGCGUGUACCUGCCACCCCAAAAGCUACGUGCUCUCCAGGCUGCUAUCACCGACAAAAGCACCAAGGAAUACCAACGCAUGGCAUGGGACGCUCUGAAGAAGUCGAUCAACGGUCUCGUCAACAAGGUCAACACAGCCAACAUCAAGUUUGUCGUGCCGGAGCUGUUCGGCGAGAACCUGAUCCGCGGUCGAGGCCUGUUCUGCCAAAGUCUACUGAAGGCGCAGCACGCCAGUUUGCCCUUCACCCCGAUCUACGCCUGCCUGGCGGCCAUCUGCAACACCAAGCUGCCGCAGGUAGGGGAGCUGCUGGUUAAGCGGUUGAUUAUGCGGUUCCGGAAGGCGUUUAAGCGGAACGAUAAGGCCGUCUGCCUAUCCUCGACCAUGUUCAUUGCUCAUCUGGUGAACAACCAGGUGGUGCACGAGACGCUUGCCGCGCAGAUCCUGCUUCUCUUGUUGAGGAAGCCGACCGACGACAGCGUCGAGAUCGCCGUGGGGCUCAUGCGCGAGGUCGGCUUAUUCCUGGAGGAGAUGUCGCCCAGGAUCACCAACGUCGUCUUCGAUCAGUUCAGGAACAUCCUCCACGAAGCCGACAUCGACCGCCGGACACAGUACAUGAUCGAGGUUCUCUUUCAGGUGCGCAAGGACAAGUACAAGGACAAUCCGGUGAUUAAGGAGGAACUGGACCUGGUCGAAGAGGAGGACCAGAUCACGCAUCGGGUUGGACUGGAUGACGAGAUCACUACCCAGGACAGCCUCAACGUCUUCAAGUUUGAUCCUGAGUGGGAGAACAACGAGGCGGAAUACAAGAGGUUGAAGGCGGAGAUUUUGGGCGAGGGGAGCGAUGAUGAAGACGACGAGGACGAGUCGGAGAGCGAGUCGGAAGCAGAAGACGAGGAGCAAAAGGCGAUCGAGAUCAAGGACCAGAGCAACGCCGACCUCGUCAACCUCAGACGAACCAUCUACCUCACCAUCCAGUCAAGCGCUGACCCCGAGGAAGCUGCGCACAAGCUGAUGAAGCUGCGGCUACCCCCCGGCCAGGAGCCCGAGCUCGUGUCUAUGAUCAUCGAGUCCUGCGCCCAGGAAAAGGUCUACCUCAAGUUCAUGGGCCUGUUGGGAGAGCGGUUUGCCCGGCUGAACCGGAUGUGGAUGGACCUUUUCGAGGAGGCGUUUAUGAAGUACUACUCGACCAUCCACCGCUACGAGACCAACAAACUGCGCAACAUUGCCCGGUUCUUCGGCCAUCUGCUCGCGUCAGACUCCAUCGGCUGGCACGUGUUCUCCGUCAUUCACCUGAACCAGGAGGAGACGACGGCAGCGAGCCGUAUUUUCGUCAGGAUCCUGUUUGAAGACCUUCAGGAGAACAUGGGCACGGCCAAGCUAAAGGCGCGCAUGAGCGAAGAUAUGCUACAGCCCAGCUUCCAGGGCAUCUUCCCGCACGAUAAUCCGCGCAACAUCCGUUUCGCUAUCAACUACUUCACCUCCAUCAAGAUCGGGUACCUCACCGAUGAGAUGCGUACCUUCCUCGCCAACAUGCCCAAGCCCGCCCUACCGGCCCCAGCAGCCGAUUCGGAUUCCGAAUCCGUCUCCAGCUACUCUUCCUACUCCUCCUACUCCUCCCGCUCCCGCUCUCGGACCCCGCGCAGGGCGAUCGACCGCGACCGCGGCCGCUCCAUCUCACGCACCCCGCCCCGCAGAGGCCGCGACGACAGAUCCUACACCCGCAGCCCCAGCCGCCGCAGUUACACACGCUCCAUCUCGACCGCCGGGCGCUCCCUCUCCCGUUCCCGCUCCCCGCGCCGAGGAGCAGUCCGGGGUGGCCGCAGCAUCAGCCGCACCCCGAGCCGAAGCCCGACGCCGCGCGGCGCCAGAGGCCGCGGCCGCAGCUACACCCGUUCCCCGACGCGCUCCGUUUCCCGCUCCCGCUCCCCGCUGCCCGUCCGCCGCGGCAGCAUAAACAUAAGCAGAAGCAGCAGAAGGUCUUAUUCCCGCUCGCUGACGCGCUCUCCCUCGCCGCCUGCUGCAGCUGGUGGUGGUGCUGGUGGAGGAGGCGGCGGCGCUGGCUCGACGAAACGCCGCAGGCCUGAGGAGGAGUAUUCCCCCGGUCCGCCGCCGGCGAGGAGGGCGAGACGGUACAGCCGCUCGCUGUCGAGGUCGAGGUCUAGGUCUAGGUCUCCGCUUCCGGUGGGGCGCGGAAGGCCGCCGGUGGGUGGGGGCAGAGGCGGGGGGCGGGAUUCGUACUCGCGCUCUUUGUCGCGCUCGAGGAGCCCGCUGCCGCCGGGGCCGCCGCCGGGUAGAGGAGGUGGAGGAGGAGGUGGUGGUGGUGGUGCUGUGAGGGAUGGGUAUGGUCGUGGGGGAGGGGGGUAUAGGGAUAGAAAUGAUGGUGGUAAUGGUGGUGGUGGUGGUGGUGGGUACAGGGGCAGGCGGGACAGCAGGAGCAGGUCGCGCUCGCCGGCGAGGAGUCCGGUGGGCGGUGGUGGUGGUGCUGCUGCUAAGCGCAGGCGGUUUUAUAGCAGUUCGCGCUCGAGGUCGCCGCCGGUGCCGGCGAAGCGGGGGAGGGUUGAUGGGUAGUGAAGCGGUUGGUUGGGUUACUACUGGUGGAGGGGAGAAAGGGGAGAUUGUGAAUUGUGUGAUACCAUUGUUAUCAAAUCGAUCGAGUGGGUUGUGCGUGGUUCUCUCUCAGUCGUGGGGUUCAUUUUUGAAGUGGUUGGCUACGAGUACUCGGUUACUAUUCGUAUUAUCUCCGCCUAGGUUUCUUGCAGUCUUCUGAGAUGGAAGCCCUGUUUAGUUACCUGCUGCUACGGGCACCGCCUACGGGAGUACACAACUUCAUAGUUAACAAGGCCACGCCCCGGGAUAAUAUCGGAUAUGGUCUAGUUAAUUUAAUCGGUAUCGGCGGUCCAGUCGGAUGUAAAAAUCAUGGUUCCUUCCUCUCC